AAAAAACCGAAAGGGGAAUUACCUGUAAAAAAUCCAUAUCUUUAAAAGAGAAACUGAAAUUCAGAGAGCUGUGUAAUAACUCAAUAACUACAACUAUAAUGUUUCACACUCCCAACCACCAACAGAACCUGUCACUGAGACUGUCUGAGGUUCUUGAUGACAUUGGAGUUAAUGAGGAAAUGGUGCUCAAGAGAAGAAGGCCAGCCCUUGUGUGUGAAACUAUGGAGACAAUUACACGCAGGCCUAUAUCCAAUCUGUCUAUGAACAUGUUUGGCAGCACUUCUGAGGGCACAACAACAGAUGGACUUGAUUCAGAUACAGACUUUCUAUGGUGUGUCCAUGAUUAUAACCUGAUACAAGACUAUGCAGAAUGGAAACCUGGCUUCUAUAAUCUACUGAUGAUCCAGGAUAAUACUACAUCACCGGGUUACUGUCUUCUACAACAGAUCUAUGGUGGUGUACCUCUUCCUGUUACACAUGUUCAAGACAAGAAUUAUGUUACAGAUGCAAGUGGGAGAGUGUUGCUUAAGAAUACUUUUUAUAGAGAUGCUGUGCCUGCAGAUUCUGUACCACAGGGUCCUUCAUGGGCUAAACAGGGAGAACCUGGAAUAGCAGACAGGGACAUUGUUCCUGCCUUCCAUUGUAAUUCAUGGCCCUAUCAAGCAAGACCCUGGUUAGAAAGACAAGGGAUAGGAAGAUGGCCCACUGCAGACAUGAAGAGAUUUGCAGUAAAUAAUGGAUGUUUUGUUGUUCCUGUUGGAAGUAAAGUCAGCCAGAAUCCAGAGUCUGAAUGGAGAAUUUCUACUUCACAAGCAGAGAGAUGUUUAAUGUUUAGUUUAAACAUAACACAAAUACGCUGUUAUGUGUUGAUGAAAAUGAUUCUUAAAACAUUUCUUCAUCAUGCAGGUGAAGGUCACAUUACAAGUUUUAUGUGUAAAACAGUUCUGAUAUAGUUCAAGAUAUCUGCCCACAUUUCAUUAUACCUGAAAACAAUUUGAUGGCAGGACAGUUUUCACCUGAAGUCAAAGCUCUGUUGCUAGAAAGAAUGUUUCACUUAAUACAAAGUGAUGGACAAGCAUUGCUUGGGGUUCAGAUUGAUGACCUUGGUCGAAGACUACAGAUCAAACUGAACAGGUUAUAUCAGAUACCAGAAAAUAUUCAUUCUAAAAAGACAAACUGUCUCUUGAUUUCAGGAGUAUUAUUACUAAACAUAGCUAAUGCAAUCACUAGAUGUAGUAGUUCAGCGUUAUCAGAAACAAGUGAAAACAGUCCUGUAACAACUGUACAGAACCUGCUCAAUGUAUUAGAAAAUUAUAAGAGAUGUUAUAGAGAAGGAAGUAAGUUAGAACAGAGAGCAUGCAGUCUUCUAACACCAUUGUUCUGCUCAACAUUGGGAACUAUAAUAGCCUCAAUAAAUAUUCAGACAAACAACACCAUAACUCCAGAAGCAUUAGACUGGUUAUCUGCAGGUCUGAAUUCUGAUGUUGCCUCCAGUAGACUGAAACUUGCAUCUGUGUUCUACCGUGUGAGAAAUUUGGGAAACACAGAAUUCAUUUUAAGACAUAUAGAAGGCCAUUAUGGCUUCAACACGUCUGAGCCUAUAUGUGGCUGCUAUAAUUUUGGAAAAAAUCAAAUUAGAAGAAUGUUUGUAGAAGUGGCAUAUUAUGAAAAUGAAGAAGCAGUAAGAAGUGCCUGUGCUUUUUGUGUCAAAUUUAUCCCUGCUGAAAUUCACUGUAUUCCUCAGGAACUGCAAUAUGAAAUGUUCCGAUCAACUCAAGAUGACCUGCUGCACAGAGAUGAAAGAAAGGACUUCUGGAUGGAUUGGGCAGUGGUAGACUCUCUCCCUUACCUCUAUUUCCUACAAUACAAGACCUACAGACACUUUCAGAGACUUGAUGAUCAGCAUCAAGCACUUGCUAAUCUUGUAAGAACAAUUGAAACUGAGGUCAACCUUGGUCACAGGGAAACAGCCCUGAAUUUACUUGGACAGUGCAUGGAACAGGAGAACAAGCCUAAUAAAGCUUUACUCUGUUACAUGAUGUCACUGAAUGUCAGAAAAAGAAAUAAUGCAGCAAGAUUCCACAUCUGCAGACUGUUAGCAAGAUUACUGGGAUAAUGUAUGUUGUCACUGAAGGUUUAAGAAAGAAAUAACGCAGCAAGAUUCCACAUCUGCAGACUGUUAGCAAGAUUACUGGGAUAAUGUAUGUUGUCACUGAAGGUUUAAGAAAGAAAUAACGCAGCAAGAUUCCACAUCUGCAGACUGUUAGCAAGAUUACUGGGAUAAUGUAUGUUGUCACUGAAGGUUUAAGAAAGAAAUAACGCAGCAAGAUUCCACAUCUGCAGACUGUUAGCAAGAUUACUGGGAUAAUGUAUGUUGUCACUGAAGGUUUAAGAAAGAAAUAACGCAGCAAGAUUCCACAUCUGCAGACUGUUAGCAAGAUUACUGGGAUAAUGUAUGUUGUCACUGAAGGUUUAAGAAAGAAAUAACGCAGCAAGAUUCCACAUCUGCAGACUGUUAGCAAACUUGAUGAUAUCAUCAAGAUGAAAUGUAUAUCAUGCAAAAAAGUUUCUUUAGUAAACAAAACCAAAUCUGCAUAUAAACUUCUUAAUUUCUUUAUAAGAUGCUUUCCAUAAAGUAUGCCAUAGACUGUAUAGAACCAUUAAUAGAUCUGACAGAAGUCUGAAAGGUUUGCCUUGGGUCUGAACAAAUCCUUGCUUAAGGUAAUUCUGCAUGUCUGCAGAUAAACAGGAAGUGAUGGUGUUCAAUUCUUUAUCACUUGUUUUAUUCUGGAUAAGUAAACUUAUGAUAAAAAUACUGUUAUUCAGAAGCAAAUUCAAUUAAUAUGUAAGUUUGUGGUGAGGAAUGGCAAAAUAUUAUAUGAGCCGUGCCAUGGGAAAACCAACAUAGUGGGUAUGCGACCAGCAAGGAUCCAGACCAGCCUGCGCAUCCGCACAGUCUGGUCAGGAUCCAUGCUGUUCGCUAACAGUUUCUCCAAUUCCAAUAGGCUUUAAAAGGGAACAGCAUGGAGCCUGACCAGACUGCGCAGAUGCGCAGGCUGGUCUGGAUCCAUGCUGGUCGCACACCCACUAUGUUGGUUUUGUCAUGGCACGGCUCAUAUGUAUUAUAUUGUUCAGUUUAACAUCAUUUCCAAAACAUAAUUCAAGGACAACCUGUAUUUUAGCAUUCUUACUGAAGUAUUUCCAGUCUGCCACAUGUCCAAUUUCUUUGACAAUGAUCAGUUUUCAAUAAAAUACAGUUUUCGCCAUAAUCGCGACCCAGCUAGUUGUGUAUGCAAGAGAAUUAAAAUUCUUUUCUACGAAAGAAAUUUAUGACGUAUCGGACAAAUGAUGUAAGAAUGCUAUGGCCAUAUGCAGAAUUAUACAAGGCGCACAAGGGAAACAUAACCUGGAUAAUAGCUAAAUACAAUAUCAGUCGAUAGGUGAUAGAAAUCUUGACAGAUGUCAAGCUAGAAGUAGGAGAAUUUAGCUACACUUAUUAUAUCAAACUUUUUGAAAUAUAUACAUGUAUUUAAACAAUGCUUGUGUUUGAUUAACCUAUCUGUUUUAUUUUAUUUUUUUAUUUUGCUGUUUAUACUGUCCUGAUCUAAUUGCUAAUUUCGAUCGGACCGUGAACCUAUCUUCUCUAUUUAUUAUUAUUAUUGUUAUUAUUAUCAAUCAUUAUUAUUAUUAUCAUCAUUAUUAUUAUUAUCAUUAUUAUUAUCAUUAUUAUUAUAUUUGACUUAAAUAACUAGUAUGAAAUCCAGAGAGUAGUAACUGUUAUAAAGUGUCAAAUUUUCAGAUACUUUCAAAUAUAAACAAGAGGGCCAAGAUGGCCCUAGGUUGCUCACCUGAGAAACACACCAUAACACAUCGUAACAGUGUAAACAUGUUUGACCUAGUAAUUUCAUGGAAAUAAAUAUUUUGACCAAUUAUCAUUAAAAUUGGAGCAAAAAUCUUGAGUAUAAACAAGUAUUGAAAAAAAAAAAAAAAAAAAAAAAAAAAAAUAAACAA